AUGCUACGCAUCUGCACUCACGGAGGAAAUUACCGGGAUUUCCUAAAAAAUGGAGCCAUCUAUCUUGUUAGAUUGAGAGCUUUAUCGUCUACGUCGUCCUCUUUAGUAACAUGUAGCUCCGUUAAUGAUAAAAUAAAAAAUGCGUUAUCACAAAAAGAAGUGGCUCGAUUACUACAAAAAGAUGUUAGUUUUGAUCAAAAAUUUAUGGAACGAGUUAGAGAAACCGUUGCUUGGUUUGCGACCCCAAAAGGAUUCAAGAAGUUCUUUGAUUCUGAUGAUAGCAAGACUGAUAAAAAGGAGGAGAAGGAAAAGUCUCCUUCAGAUGAUAAAUCGAAGUCAUCAGAUAAAAAGAGCAAAGGUAGCAAAGGCAGUCCUGGUGGUCCUCUCGACCAGUUUCCUGGUACUUGGCAACAAAUAGCAUUUACUGUCGGUCUUAUAUUCGCUCUUUAUCUAUUUAUGGAUUACCAGUCAUAUAGGGAGAUUUCCUGGAAAGAAUUCUUUCACGAAUUCCUUGAACCCGGCAUUGUUGAUCGACUAGAAGUUGUUGACAAAAGAUGGGUUCGCAUUGUUUCCUCCGCAAAAAAUACUGGGCAAACUUGUUACUUCAAUAUCGGAAGUGUAGAUAGCUUCGAACGUAGCUUAGCUGCUGCACAAAUGCAUCUUGGCACCGGACGAGCAGGUGGUGGAGGCGGCCUAGGUGGUAUGUUCGGUGGAUUUGGACAAAGUACUGCAAGAAUUAUCAACAAGGAAGAUAUCAAGGUUGCAUUCAAAGAUGUUGCUGGAUGUGAAGAAGCCAAAAUAGAAAUUAUGGAAUUUGUGAACUUCCUCAAAAAUCCCCAACAAUACAAAGAUCUUGGUGCAAAAAUUCCGAAAGGUGCAAUACUAACUGGUCCACCUGGUACUGGUAAAACUCUUCUCGCUAAAGCAACCGCUGGUGAGGCAAAUGUUCCCUUCAUCACCGUGUCCGGAUCAGAAUUCCUUGAGAUGUUUGUUGGUGUUGGUCCCGCUCGUGUUCGCGACAUGUUUGCUAUGGCAAGAAAAAACAGUCCAUGUAUUCUUUUCAUUGAUGAGAUUGAUGCUGUUGGUCGAAAAAGAGGCGGAAAGGGUGGAAUGGGAGGUCACUCUGAACAGGAGAACACAUUGAAUCAAUUGCUUGUAGAGAUGGAUGGUUUCUCAACCGAAGAGUCAUCUGUGAUUGUGAUUGCUGCAACGAAUCGAGUAGAUAUCCUAGAUCCCGCUUUGUUACGACCUGGUCGUUUUGAUCGGCAAAUUUAUGUACCGGUCCCUGAUAUCAAGGGCCGUGCAUCUAUUUUUCGGGUACAUUUGGGUCCAUUGAAAACAUCUUUGGACAAAGUAAAAUUAUCGCGAAAGCUUGCUGCACACACCCCUGGAUUCUCAGGUAUAUUUUUGUUUCGCUUUUGCCUAUAUUUUUAA